GAAGAAGAAAGGUAUGGCCAAUGUUGAAGAUCGAAGCUAUGUUUGUGAUAGAAUUAGCAAUUUACCCGACGACAUUCUUCAUACUGUGUUCUCUUUCCUUGGCGCAAAAUCCGUCGUCCAAACGAGCCUUCUGUCAAAAAGAUGGAGAGACCUUUGGAUUUCUAACCCAAAUCUGUACUUGGAUGAUACUGAAUUUCUCAAUCCUAGAACCAAUAAGCGCAAGAAAGAUAAUGGAUUUGUGGGCUUCGUCAAUUAUCUAUUGAUACUCCGUGAUGGUACGAACAUACAAAAAUUCUGUCUCUCCUGCAAUGGAUGGAUAGGCUUCGCGAUACAACAUUUCGUCCAAGAUCUCGAUCUUGAAAUGAAGACUAAGAUUGAGUUGCCUUUUAGCCUAUUCACUUGCAAAUCUCUGGUGAAUUUGAAGUUGAGCUCUCCGUGGACUUUCCUCAAACUCAAGUUGCCUUUGAAUGUUCUUCAAAAUCUCAGAGUCUUGCAUCUUCAUCACAUAAGAUUCUCUGGGACUGAGGUCUUCUUGUGCUGUCCCUUGCGUGAAAAUAUUAGUAUGAACAAGUGUGAUUUGGGUGCCCUCAAGAGCCUCAACAUCUCUAGUCCAGAACUACAGAAACUGGUUAUAACCAGUUGGGAUAAUUUGAAGGGGUGUGAGAUUUCUGUCUCUGCACCAAGGCUACAGUCACUUGAAUUUCAAGGCGACCUCUCACAUGGAAUUUAUCUGAGUAAACCUGCACCAUUUGAGGCGAUCAUCGACUUCAAAUAUAUGGAAUAUGUCUCGACUAUGAAUGGCAUUCCAUCAUAUGGAAGGAUUAUCGAGUUCUUAAACGGGCUCGAGGAAGCAAAAUCUCUAACAUUGUCUACUAAGUUUCUCGAGGUACUGAUUCCUAUCUUUACUGUAUAUGUAGAUGGGAUGGUGGAUCCAAACCAUUCAUCUAGUGGGUUGUCUAUCUUGGUCACUUCUACUUGGAUUCAAGAACAUGAAAAUCAACCUCAUAUGAUGAUCACACCAUCCUACUAUUCAUACGAGUCAUUUGGUAACUUGGGAUCUGUAGAGUACUAG